UGGAAGAAAAAAUGAUAAUCAUCUAUUUCAAAAUUACAGCAAGUCUCGGGCAAUGUGGUAUAAAAUGGGAGGGAGAUUUCAACGCCCGCACUUAUGUGAAUUUCAGCUACAGGUUUGUGCUAUUUUUGAAGCUUUGGACGAUGAAGAUUGCUGCAACUUUGUCAUGGCAUUGUGGAGCAUAUGGAAAAGGCGUCAUGACUCACUAUGGAAAGGUGAGCACACAGAUGAGGCGGGAGUAUUACUAUGUGGUUUACCCACUACGAAGGCUUGACGGGCUACGCAUGUUGGCAGGCGAAUUUGAGCAGUUCAAGAAUGGGGAGGAGGCGGAAGUUGGAGGAAUCCAGAAGUAGAGAACAUAAAUAUAAACAUAGAUGUUGAAAUAGACAGUAAAAGAGGCCAUAGAGCCUGGGGUUGGUUGGCCCGUGAUGAAGAAGGGAAAGAAAUUGACAUGGAAGUGGGUUGGUUGCCUGCGGAAGCAGAAGCAGAAGCUCUAGGAGUGCGGGCAGCAGUUCAAUGGGCGACUGAGGAAGGUUGGAAUCGUGUGUUAGUGGAAAUAGAUGUGCUUCAAGUAUUUUCAAGUUUGCAACAACCUCCAAGUUUUUCAUAUUUUGAUUUAGUUAUUGAUGAUAUAAUGCAUUGAUAGAACAUGAACCUAAUUCUGAAAUUGCAUAUUGUAAGCGAUAUGCGAAUCACACUGCUCAUCUAUUAGCUAGAGUGACAAUUUCAACGCUAGAUUGCGGGUCUGAACAAGUAAUUCCACCAAGUUACAUUGUAAGUCAAUUGGCUAAUGAUAUUCUUGAUUAAUAUUAAUGAAAUAAUAUGUUUGUUUCAAAAAACUUCACAAGGUUUAGGUAUACAAUUUGAAAAGCAAUGAAUACAGGCGUGUUGCAGGUACCAUAUUGCUACGGAUGAAGUGAUCCAUCAAAUUAAGAUUCGAUGCUAUAAAAUAAUGUAUAAAAUAACAACUACUCGAAUCGGCUUGAUCCACAAUAUAUAUGGUAUAUUAAGCAAGUCAAAUAUUCUUGACAAGAAUUUCCUGACCGGAACGUUGUAUGACCACCUCCAUUCGAGGUGCUUCCGGAUAUAAAUUUUUAAUGCCCUUAUUGCUUGAGAACCUCUCACUGUCCAUUACAGAAAACUUUCCUCCUUUAUCACUAUCCACCUCUUUUUCAUACUGAGCAUUUCUGGUAAUACUAUUCAUUCCUCCCACAGAUCGAACUCAUGUUGGAGAAACCAACCGUCUAAGCCAAUAACCUAUACAAAACAAAAAAAAUUGGGAAAUAAUGGCGUACCCGAUUGGGUGUCAUGAGGUAAUAUUUAUACUAAACACAGUUUAGGAAAUUACAUAGUAAUCCUUAUAUAAAUACAUUAUUACACCCCCUCAAUCUGUGCAGGGGAAACAACGCGCAGAUUGGAACGUAAAAACUCAAACUGCUGACUGGACAUAUUUUUUGGUGAAGAUGUCAGCUAACUGCAACUGAGUAGGAAUGUACUUCACUACAAGAUCCCCAUGAGCCUCUCUCUCGUGAACAAAGUGAUAAUCGAUUUUGAUAUGUUUGCUCUUAUCAUGCUGAAUAGGAUUAACCGCUAAGUAUGAGGCAGAGACGUUGUCACAGUAAAGUUGCACUAGAGCUGAUAUAUAAAUGCCCAUGUCAGCUAAAAGUGACCAGAUAAAAAGUGUGUCCUGAACGGUAUAGGCGAUGGCCCUGUAUUCGGCUUCAGUGGAAGAUUUGGACACGGUGGGCUACUUUUUGGAUCGCCAAGAGAUGAGAUUGGAUCCAAGAAAAACAGCAUAACCAGUAGUAGAACCAGAACUAUCGGGGUAACCAGCCCAAUCUGCAUCAGAAUAAGCCAUAAUAACAGAAAUAUUUUUGUCAGAUUUGAGCCAUAGGCCGUGAGCUGAUGUCCCCUGUAGGUACCUGUAGAUUCGUUUAACAGUCAAUAAAUGAGUAGUACGAGGAACAUGCAUAAAC